AUGGACGAAUCUAUGGUUCCUCCAGUUUCUGGUCCGCCAGAGCUACCUUACUCCCUCAGAGAUCGCAAGCGGUCAAUUGCGCUCUUCUGGGCCGUUUUUGUCAUUGAUACGCUUGCUCAGCCGUUGAUUCUUUAUUUCACAUUAUGGUAUCUUACCGAUUUAUCUCCUAAUUUAGUUUUUACUAUCAGUACUGCUGCACUUGGAGGAGUUGCUAUCGCCGAAUACUUUUAUAGAUUUUACCACUUGUUCAGAAAAGGGUCUGUAUCAAGACCGCUGAAUGCGCGGAGGUCAUGGCUGGACUUCUUUCAAAUCAACUUCACCAUAGUAUGGCUCAUUCUGGCUGUUGAACUGAUAGUUGGAACUGUCCAAGAGAAUCCACCUAUCCGCCUCCUUGCAAUGCCCCUACCUACAGUCAUGUACUACUUUGGAAUAGUACAUCUGUCCCUCGAUAUUCUACGUGCCAAGGGAUACCAAGCGCCAUUCCGGAUAUCUUCCACGCCCAAAGGCUCAGUAAUGCCGACAGCUCUGUAUGUCCUAAUAGAAGAUAUCGUCGCAGUGGAUGGCGGAGGUGGUCAGAAAUAUCGACGAGCACUGCGAGAUAGAUAUUUAGCAAGCCCAUACUUUCGAGAAAUGCUUUUUGAGAUGAACUGUUUCUGGGCAGGUGGCUCGAUCAUCUUCGGUACAAUUACGACUAUUUUAAUAUUUACAACACCACGAGAUCCUGCCUAUGUGAUAGGAUGGACUCUCCCAUUUGUUUGGGCCGCGAUAUGGACCCUAAUCACCAUUCCCUGGGUACAAGCGGAUUUGCGGCGAGAAAAGGCCGGUUGGGCAAAAAAUGCUACUCGAAACAUUGAGCCUUACGCUGACACCAUUAUGGGCCCCAAGCCCGAAACCCGAUUUCUCUCCACCUCUGGACGGUUGUUUUCCAUGCGACCUUUUCACAAACCAGUACCUACGAGUAGAGAUGAGAACAGAGAUGAGAUGAAGGAAACGUCUCCUCCACCAACAGAAGAAGUUUGA